AAGGGUUUUGGGUAAGGAUCAGCGGCCAAUCUGUCCUCUUCCUCUUCUCUCGUAACGCCCAUUCUCCAGACACGCCUCAGUCUCCGGGCUUGCAGCCACUCAAAGUAACUAUGGGAAGCGGCGGUAGCUAUUAGUAGGUGUGGGUUGUCAAUCAAUCCGACCCGCCCCAACGCUUCUCAGACGGGAAGCACAAUGUUCACAACUUCUCCAGCAGCUGUGGAGUUGGACCUCUGUGCAUCGCGCAGUAUCAACCGGCAAGAGACGGCCAAAAUGUGAGGGAAAAGCAGUCAUACACCGCUUUCUAAAAGUAGGUGUGCUGUGGAAAAGUGUAGCAGUCUCAAAACGAGGCAUAAAGGUGUUGUUACGCAGCAGGGACGCGCAAUAAUCUGUGCGUAAAAGAGAGUCACAGAGGACAGAAGUAAAACUUCUGCGGUGGAUGAAACGUUUUCUCGGAUGUGAUGGGACGUAAUGAAAAGCUGACACUGUGAGGAACAAUCAUUUCGAGCUUUACAGCUGAUGUCUGCUUCCCAGAGUUUGGAGACAGCGCCGGAGCGGAGCGCGCAGCAGGGCAGCAGAUGCUGGACAGUGACUAAGCCUUACGGCUCAUGAAUUGAAUUUGUCUGGACUGCAGACUUUAUGUAAGAAGUAGGACAAGCACAACACCGCCCAACUAGUUCUUUCCGUCAUGCGUAGAGACGCUUUGUCGUCCCGCAUCUUGCUGUUAUGAUAGACAUUAGCUCUGAACGUUCAAUUCUACAGAAAGUUGCAGCUAGCUGAUGCCACAACUCCAGCAGGAGUCAGUGGGAAGUUUUGUCGUUUACAUCCUUCUCUCUACCUCUUCUCAACAUGGACGAGAGCGUUGAGUCUGCUGCGGCUGAGAGCUGCUCGGACGGGGGGAGCAUCAACCUCAGCGUGCUCAACUGGGAGCAAGUGCAGCGUCUGGACACGAUCCUCACCGGCUCCAUCCCCAUCCACGGCCGGUGGAGCUUCCCCACUCUGGAGGUGAAGCCGCGGGAUAUCGUCAAGGUGGUCCGGAGCCGCAUGGAGGAGAAACGGAUACAUGUCCGGGAGGUGCGACUGAACGGCUCCGCGGCCAGCUACGUCCUGCACGAGGACAGCGGUCUGGGGUGGAAAGAUCUGGACUUAAUAUUCUGCGCCGAUUUGAAAGGACAGAUGGAGUUUCAGAUAGUGAAGGAUAUAGUUCUGGACUCACUUCUAGACUUCUUGCCCGAGGGAGUGAAUAAAGAAAAGAUCACUCCAGUGACUUUAAAGGAGGCCUAUGUGCAAAAGAUGGUAAAGGUGUGCAAUGACUCAGACCGCUGGAGUCUCAUCUCCCUCUCCAACAACCGUGGCAAGAACGUGGAGCUCAAGUUCGUGGACUCUCUUCGACGGCAGUUUGAGUUCAGUGUGGACUCCUUCCAGAUCCGCCUGGACUCACUUCUCCUCUUCUAUGAGUGCUCAGAGCACCCCAUGGCUGCCACUUUCCACCCCACAAUUCUCGGGGAGAGUGUCUACGGCGACUUCCCCACCGCCCUCGAUCACCUGCGCAAGCGCCUCAUCUGCACCAGGAGCCCUGAGGAGAUUCGAGGUGGGGGUUUACUGAAGUACUGCCACCUGCUGGUGCGGGGUUUCCGUGCAGCUUCUGACAGUGAGAUGAAACUGCUGCAGCGCUACAUGUGCUCGCGCUUUUUCAUAGACUUUUCUGACGUGAGUGAGCAGAGGAGGAAGCUGGAGUCCUAUCUGCAGAACCACUUUGUAGACCUGGAGGACAGGAAGUAUGACUAUCUGGCCACACUGUACGAUGUGGUGCAGGAGAGCACGGUGUGCCUGAUGGGCCACGAGAGGCGUCAGACGCUCAGCCUCAUCUCUUCGCUGGCACUGCGGGUCCUGGCCGAGCAGAACGCCAUUCCCAACGCUGCCAACGUCACCUGCUUCUACCAGCCGGCUCCUUAUGUCUCAGAUGGCAACUUCAGCAACUAUUACGUUGCACAGGUUCAGCCUGUCUACCCCUGUCCUCCCUCGCCUCCUCAGCAUUACCUUCCUCCUCCGCAACAUCCCAUGUACGCCACCUGGUUGCCCUGUAACUAAACUUUGUGUACAAUCAUGCACUUUUGCGUAACUGGUGGAACUCAUACCUCCUUUAAAGGGAUGAAUGAUGAUCCUUUUAUCUCUUCCUUGUGAUGGGAAAUUGAGGUAAAUGAGGGCAAGCAACCUGGAUCAAGGCAGUGGGACAGAGAAAUUCUUUUCUCUGCCACAGCAGGAGGAGCACACAGGGAGAGAUGCCAAUGAGAGAGGCUGACCCAUCAGUUUUAGUUCUAUCAUCAGCGCUAAGAUCGAUUUGGUAGACCAAACCACAGCUCAGCCUCAGAGUGACCAACAGCCUGGAUACGAUGAUAUUUUUCUUGUCUGUUGUGAGUUACGGCUCACAGGAACUCACAUUUCAAAUGAUGAACAUGCAUAAUAUCCCGUCCUCUUCACAUUAAAAACAGACUCGAAUAUAGCCACAGAGAGUAACAGAGGACACACGUGAUGUGCUGCAGAUAUUGAUUAAUGGUCAAGCAAUGGCAACCUUUCUGACUCCUUUUUACAGACAAUGCAAAAUGAGGAACUGGAUACUGUUUACAAAUCCAAAGAUCUACUUUGAUACUCAACUUUAUCUAAAUUUUGAGAAAAAAAGAAACAACGAAACAAUGCAUGCUUUAUUUCUGUACAGGAAUAAGUUUUUUUAAGUGCCUAGAUAAAGCCUAAAGGGAAGAGAUAUUUUGUGAUUCUUUAUCGCAGAGAACUCUUGAGUUGUCUAAUUGACAUUUUCAAGGUGAUAAUGAAUGUACUGUGGAACAGAGAGUUUACCUACAGUAUGCUGAGUAAGGUUUCUUACACUGAGGGAGGUUUUGGAUGUUUUUUGACAAUGUUUAGUUGAAGACUCUGCUCUUAUCUCCAGUCCUGCUGGAUGAACGCACAUCCUGAUUACUAAAGAGGAAGUAACAGCAUAAUCUCAUCAUCUGUAGAGAGAGGGGGAGGUGGAGGUUGGAUCAAAAAUGCUUAUGAGAGUAAAAUAGAUACAUUUGAGAAAAAUGUACGGCAAAAGAAAGAGGUUUUGGUAGGAAGAGAGCAAAUGAGAGAGAAUAAACGGCUCUUAUCUGCAAUUUUAUUGGAUGGGAAAAUAAGGUGGACCAGAAAGGAAAUAAUACAAUCAUCUGUCAUCUGGGAUGAAAUGCUACGAAAAUAAAUGUAUUUGGAUAUAUAAAAGUUUUGCCCAUAAUGCAUUUCAAAAUACAAUUUUAUCACAUGUAGUCCUAUAUCAAAAUUAAUUUAAGCUACAUGCUAGUGUUAUACAACUCAAGCUUACUUAAAGGUGCCCUGUGGAGUUUUCUUGUAAACAAAAAAGUUGUGAUUACAUUUAGUGUUUUGUGUGUAUCCUUGAGGUCUAACAAAAGUGUUGAUUGUGCUUUCGUCCUCGUAAAACAUUUGCAAAGCUGAUAUUUUGAAUAUUUUAUAUCGUGCGUUGUCUACAUCCAUGUUUGCUAAUUAGCGGUAUUCUUCUUUACUGCCUUUUAAGGCACAUUAGUAGACUUCUUUGUGCAUUACCGCUACCAGUGAAACAGCAUGAAAUUGAUGGUGGGAUGUAAACCGCUGCAUGGUUGCAUCUGUGCAUGUACAUCCUCGUACGCAUGCAAGAUACAAACAAAAUGGGGGCCCACAAAAAUAUUGCUCCAUAGUGCUACUAGUGGUCAAAAACUCCACAGGGUACCUUUAAGUUUCAAAUACAUAUUAAACAGAAAGUAAAGCAGAUAUGCAAUGUGUUUGAAAUGCAUUUUGAAACAGGGACAACCAGUUCUCAAAUUACACUGGAAAGUUUUAAUAUACUUAUAUUAAUUUUAUGUCUUAUCAAAUAUAUAAAAUGGCCUUUUUUUACAUUAUUUUACACAGUUUAAAAUCAUUUUGACAUGCUGUAUGCACUGUAAAAAAUGUGUUUCCUUUCCAUGGGUAAGAGACAAAGAAAACAUUCAAGAGACAUCUGCAAAUAUGCAGACCACGCAGUGAUACAACAAACUGUAUGUUUGUCAGACGGGUGUAGCUUGGGUUGUGUAUGCAGGGAUGUAGCAGCAGAGCAACUUUUGAAUGGAGUGGAGUAAAGGCAUACUACUGGUAGAGUCAGACACCCAGCAGAGGAGAAUAUAUUCAAAAAAAUGUGCUGCAUGAAGCCGGAAGAGCUUCAAAGACGAUGGAAGCUCAGUGAAUGUAUAUUUCAUCUUCUCUAUUAUGGAAAAAAGUCAUGUUUGGGAUGUGUGGAAAUUUGGGCUGCAUGAGCAGAUGACGGCUGCCAACAUUUUAUCUCUUCUUAGCAUGGGAAAGCACCAAAAAAUAAGGAAAUAAUGUAAAAAAUGUAGAGUACAGAUAAAGACAACCACAUGGAUAUUUGAAAUUGGCUGGUGAUCAUAAAAAUAACAGGUGUAAACUUUCAGCUUUACAAGUGCAAGAGACUCAGUAUAUUCUCUCAAACAUGUUGCCAGAUGUCCUAUUUUUCUAUCAAUCUCUAUUUUUGUACAGUUUGUGUUUGGCUGAUGUAGCAGGCAAAGCUGUAUAGUCUAUUUUGUGGUGUGUGCGAAUUGGUGUUAUUUUGGCUGAUGAAGAGCAGUGCAGGUGGACACAGUGGCUAUGUUGAGAUGCAGAUUUAACUUGUGUUCACUCUAUGUGUGCUCUGAGCUGUUUCAUAUGGGUUUCUGUUGCUGUAAAGAGAUUUGUUUCACUGUUCUACAUGUGUUUUUAACUGCCAUCCUGUUUGGACAUGAAAAUAAUGAUCUGAUAAUUGUGUUCAAGUUGACCAACUUGAGAAUUAAAAGCAAAAAAAAAAUACCAUCAGA